AUUUUUGAGAAUAAAAAACAUGACAGGGUGGCCGAAACAGGUAGUAGAAGUCUUAAUAGAUGCAUAUAAGGAUGAACCUUGUUUGUAUGCAAUCAACAAUCCAAAUUAUCACAAUAAACAUUUAAGAAAUGAAGCAUUAAAGCAUAUUAGUGCUGUAGUUUCCACAAUUAGACCAUAUUCUAAUGAAAAGGAUUGUAGUGUAAAGUUACAUAAUCUUAGAAACCAGUUUAACACAGAAAAUGCAAAAGUGAGACAAUCAAUUAAGAGUGGAAUAGGUACUGAAAAUGUCUAUAGGCCUAAUCUAUGGUAUUAUAACUCUCUUAAGUUUCUAGAGGAACAUGUUAUACCAAAAAAAGCAAAUCAUCGAUACCAAAUACAGAAGUUGUUGUAAACACAAGUACUGUUUCAAAACAGAUAUUAAAUUAUGGGAAGAAGAAUUAGAUAAUAAUGAAAUAACAACUGAAAUCGGAUAUGUUGGCCUAAAUGAGGGAGAAGAAAUUGAAGUAAAUGACAGUGAAAUAUGGACACUCGACGAAUCAACGACUGAUACAAUUCCAAGUGUAACAACACAAAAACUGUAUGCAACAAAAGAAAAUCAAUCAAUAUCUAGGACUUCAGCAGUAUUGCAUAGAUAAAUACUGCAAGUCCAUUAUCAUCUUCAAUAGAAAAACUAGUACCAUCAACAGCAUCAUCUAGUGUGCUCAACGAAGGAGCAUAUACAUCUUCUGGUCGUAUCUCCAAAAAACGCAAAACUCAAAGUGAUGAUGUUUACGUAGAUGCAAUUCAAUCUAUUGCUCAAUCUUUAAAAACACCAUCGUCGACAAAACCUACCAAUAAUGUAGACAAUGACGAUACGGUUAACAAUUGCAUGAAAUUUUUAGGUUCUCUUAUAAAAGAAUUGAAAUGUCCAGAGUUAAAAUUAGAUCUUAUGAACACUUUGGUACAAACUGUAAUUAAUAUGAGUACAAUGGACUUAGAAAGAGCCCAAAAAUGAGUAAUGAUGUUUCAUAACAGGUAUUGCUAUAUUAUGCAUCAUCUACAAUGGCAGUAGGACUUAGUACUAUAAAAAGUAAGUAGUAAAUAAAUGGACCAAUUUUAUUCUUACAAUUCAAGAAUCGAUUGUGAUUGGUCCAAUUGCUUACUACUCCUUAUUACUUUUUAUAGCUAUUGUAGAUGUGUAUUAGGUUCAAUACCGGGCAUAUGCUUUUG